UCACAAACGGGGUGUGGAAAGGCAGAACAAGAGCGCACGAGAGCACGGGGAGAAGUUUUCUAGCACUUAACGCUCGGCUUGUAUCCAUUCGAUGUUUUAUUGUUAGAGUUUUUUAUUUUAUUUUAUUUUAUUUUGCAAAAAGCGCUCGGAAUGAAUGCGCUUUUCAGGAUCCGCGCGUGCGCUUGUCCGUUGUGCUGAUACCCAUUGCGCGCUUUGAGCUUGGCGACGUGCUCAGAUUUUUCCAUCCCAGUUAAAAAAAAAAAAAAGACUGAUUUUAUUUUUUUAAUCCAAUUAGUUUUCAACUUCAGCGCUUCAGGUUGUCUCAGGAUUAGGAUUCAGGCUCAGCACGUGCGUCCGCUGUGCGUUUGUGGUAAGAAGCGCGCGAAUGCUGAUGCCAGCGCGUGCCGGAUGAGCAUGAGUCCGCCGCCAUGGCUCGCUGUGACCGCGGCGUUCAGACUCUUCUCACGGCUCUGGGCGCGUUCACUGCCUUCAGUCUCAUGACGGUAGCCAUCGGCACGGACUACUGGCUCUACUCGCGCGCGUACGUGUGUAACGCCACCAACAGCAGCGCGGACGAAGCGGAAAACCUGCUGCAGCCUAAAAAGACCAGAGGAGACCUGACACACUCUGGCCUCUGGAGGAUCUGCUGUAUUGAAGGAAUCAACAAAGGAAGCUGUUACCGGAUCAAUCACUUCCCUGAGGAUAAUGACUAUGAUACAGACAGCUCUGAGUACAUCCUGCGGAUUGUGCGAGCAUCCAGCCUUUUCCCCAUCCUGAGCACUAUCCUGCUGCUACUGGGAGGAGUGUGUGUGGUUGUAGGACGAGUUUACAGCGGCAGGAACAACAUCCUCCUUAGUGCUGGCAUCUUGUUUGUGGCUGCAGGUCUGAGCAACAUCAUAGGCAUCAUCGUGUAUAUCUCAAGCAACGUCGGCGACCCCAGCGACAAGAAAGGCGAAGACAAGAAGAACCAAUACAGCUACGGUUGGUCCUUCUACUCUGGCGCAUUGUCAUUCAUCGUGGCUGAAGCUGUUGGCGUGCUCGCAGUCAACAUCUACAUUGAGAGAAACAAGGAAGUGCACGUCAAGCGGCGCAACUUCAUGAAAACCGGUGUGUCAUCGUCCUCACCGUACAUGCGAAUCCCAAGUUACCGGCAGCGUAGGCGGCGCUCUCGCUCCAGUUCGCAUUCCACCGAGCCGUCUCGAGAUAACUCGCCUGUCGGACGGAAGAUGGCGGCAUCCGCACUGCCUCUAGGUGAGAUCUCCAUGUACACUCUAGGUCGAGAACACCCACUGAGGUCAGGAGGCGCAUUCGGGCCCUACCCAGAACCACCCAACUUUCUGCAAGUUCACAACAGCUACGCCAAAGGCACGAAAGACGUCAUUAACCGCAGGACCACGCCCGUUUAAAUGUCUGGUUCAAGACGGCCGAUAGUCUUGGUGGCACUUGGAAGUAUUAGUAUCACUAUGGCCGAGUUCCGGCAAAGUUAACAAUGAAAUGUUGAUAUGAGGGAGCGAUGUUUCUUUAACACAUGUUUUAAAGAUAACUAAUGGACGUUGUAGCAUUUUCUGAGCCAUGUCUUGGCUCUGAGUUUCAUACUGUAUAUUCAUAUGCACAGUCGGCAGUCCAAGUAGCAAUAUUUCAAUGCACUGAAUAUUGAAAUAUCGAAAUAUUAUCCCAGAAUUGUUUGAGUAUUUUCAUGUUUUAUUUUUGUCAGUAUGUUUUGACACUCAAGGCCAGUUCACACUGGACACAUCAUGUCAAGCGUCACGUGUAACUGAACAUCACAGAUCAAUUUCAACUUCAAAUCCAUUUUUAAAGUUUUUCAAUCCACCCUGGCACUUUAGAGAUUAGAAGCGUUUCAGUGAACAUCCUUAUCGGGUUUGCUCGUGUGGGGUUUUUCCCCACUCCUGGUCAUGCGUCAAGUGUAAACGCCACAGAAAGCCAGUGAAAUCAUAAAACCACACUUUAUAUACACUGUGUACUUUAUUUAAAAUAACAAUCUACAAAAAUGUCAUUAUGCAGCCUGUAGUUGCUAAGUGUUUGUACGCUAUGGUACUCAUUUUACCUCAACAUGGGGAAACAAAAUAAACACAAAUGUACCUGUUGUUCACUGUCCCACUGUAUCAUGUCACGUUUUUAGGUGAACGGCUUUGUAAUUUACAGUUGGCAGAUUACUUUCGGCAAAAAAGACUUAGUAAUGAAGGGUCGAGAGCAAACAAGACUUAGCAACAUGAGCUGUUGUUGGUUUUUGGAUGCUUUACAUCCAUUCCAUUACAUUACCACCCUUUUGAUGACAGUUUGCAAAAAAAAAAAUUUAAAAGUAGCUAUGCAUCUACUGUAGUGGAGUCUGGGGCAGAUUAUAUUCUGUUAUAUAUUGUAUAGCAAUGUGAUGUACAAGCUGAAGGACAAUUAUACUGGAAAUUAAGGAGGUAAUGAGCGACUGGUGAGAUGAAUUACAGAAUGGCAGAGUUUGCUCAGCUUGACUAAGAGGGGGUGUGGCUGAGAGGAGGCGUGGUUGAGAGGGACAUGGAUGGGGGUGUGGAUUCUGGUAGCUCUCAAACUAGGCUUAUUCCUUUAAGAAACACUAAACCGGUGGCCUAAUAUCUCUCUCAAAACAAAACACAAAAACGCGAAAUAUUUAAAUUCAUCUACUCAUAACUGAUAAUGCUGGAGUUGCAAAAACAGAUUAAAAAUCAAUGUGUGCUGUUGAACUUUCUCCUGCCUGUCCUGUUCAUAUGCAGCUGAGACGCGUCCUGCGUGAAUUGACCUGACAUGACGAUGAUAUGAUAUGAUGUGACUCUUACACAACGCAUCUUCUGUGAAUUUGGGGUGAGAGCAUGAAAAAGGGAAGCUUGAACGGUGCUUAUUCAGUGAACAUGAACUUCUGGUCCUUGCCCUCUUUUAGGAGAUUUUAUAGCUAGUGAAGAAGCCAUUUUGUACAACUGUGCUUUGUACAACCACUGCCAUUUUGUUUACUUCUGAUGUUUACAUUUCGACAACUCUGCUGAUGUGAAUGACUUCUGUCUUAUACAUUCCGCUAAAUUUGAAGACUAAAGAGAAAAAUCUUAGUCAGAAUUAUGUGGAUGUUUAGAGAGUUUUUGCUCAGGGAAGUUAAAAGUAAUUGGCUGCAACUUAUAAAUAUAACAUGUAAUCCUUGUAAUCCUUUUCCUUGGACCAAUCUCAAAGCACUGUUGAUGAAUCUAUGCGUCGUUGUCUCUGAACUGCCAUUUUGUAUUGGGACACAAGUGUUGGCACAUAUGGUCUAACACGUGGCUAAUUUGCUCCUGCCGUGUUGGUGGUGGCUUAUAUAUCUUGACACUCCAUGCUAGAAAGGAGCAUUUGACUAAUGAAGUAAGCCUGAUUGCCUUAUAACACAGAGUCCAUUCAGCAGCACCAUGGAAUGCAUUAGAGCAUCCACGGGGUGGCAAAUUAAUGUACUACAGUGCUGAAAACACGAUGCUGAGUCUACUGCAGCUUUCCCAAACUCUCAAAGAUGUCUGCCCAGAUCUCUAGGAACAAUGAACCCUGGAUACUUAAAAAAAAAAAAAAAAAAAGGAAUAACAUCUGGCAGUAGCCGAAACUUACAAAUCAUAACUUUCCAGAUCAAGGACACCACCGUGAUGUUAUAUCUGCCAAGAACUCGAUUUGUUUUAAUGUUAUUGCUGUGAUCAAUCAAACAUGGACAGUCGUUGUUUCUCUGUGGAUGCUGUGAAAUUGUCUCAUAUCAUAAUGGCAUUACUGGAGGAAAUAUCUUUCGAUUCCCAACAGUUAUUGUCAUGGCAACAGUUAAUAAACACUAAGUCAAUUCUCCUAUGUUUCUGAAGUAGCCUACAUUUCUCUAGAGACCAAGCAAAGACAACAACCUUCUAGUGUGUUAGCGCUCCCAAGAACUACUAAACUACCUUUUAACAAUUGUGUAACAACAACAACAGAAAAAAAAAAAAAAAAGACAUGGUCAUACAUACUUGUGAUUGAGCGCAAUGCUUUCUGUUAAUUGAUAACACAGUGAUUUACAGUGCAUAAUAUUUUCUGUGGAAGAUUCAGUCUGUGCAUUAUGGUGUAAUUUUGU